AUGAAGCCUUUUUUGACAGUUUCCGCAUUAAAUUUAUUUUCUUUUGCCUCGGCGGUCCCGUACGCGGAGUAUAUCCUUGCGCCAGAUUCACGAACACUCUUCCCAGUCUCCGUGCACAACUCCAAUGGUUCGGUCAGCAAUGCUGAGACCCUAACAUCUCCAUCCGGAAGUGCCGUCUUCGAGGAUGAUGCUGCUACGGCGUAUGAUUUUGGGAAGAACAUCGCUGGCGUAGUUUCCUUGAAUAUCGGAUCCGUAUCGGACUCCAACCAAUACAUCGGCGUUACAUUUUCGGAGUCCUCUCUCUGGGUUUCCAACAAGUCGUCGGACGCUACAGCGGAUGCUGGGAAAGACGAAACCUUGUGGUUUCAUCUCACAGCACCAGGCAAAUACUCCGCGCCUCGGGACAAGGAACGAGGAGGAUUCCGCUAUAUGACGUUGGUGCACAAUGGUACAGGGAAGGUCGAAAUUACAUCUGCAGAAGUUCACUUUACCCCGAUGCCACAUUGGAAAGACGACGCGCUCGGCAAUUACACCGGAUACUUCCACUGCGAUGACGAACUUCUAAAUCGAGUCUGGUAUGCAGGCGCAUACACAAAUCAAAUGUGUACUAUUGAUCCACAGCAUGGCAAUGCCUUGGUUCACCUAGGGACCAUCAAUAGUUCAGUCUCUGAUGCAACCAACGUUACCUGGUAUUACAAUUAUACGAUCACUAAUGGAAGUUCUGCUUUGACCGAUGGAGCGAAGAGAGACAGGCUUGUAUGGGCUGGAGACAUGGCUAUUGCUGUUCCAGGUGUGGUGGCAUCGACAAACGAUGUCAUCUCUAUCGAAAAUUCCCUAAACUCGUUGUUUGCCGUGCAGAACAGGUCCACGGGUCAGCUUCCAUAUGCUGGGCGUCCGUUUCCUUCCACAUUGUCUUUUACGUAUCACCUAUACACGUUGAUUGGUGUCACCGAUCACUACCUAUAUACCGGCAACCUUGACUACGCGGCAUCACAUUGGUCGGAAUGGAAGCUCGCGCUGAACUUCUCCUUGGGCUUCAUUGACGAUACUGGCUUAAUGAAUGUCACCUCACCACCCGACUGGCUGCGGUUUGGCAUGGGCGGGCACAACAUCGAGGCAAACUCGAUUCUUUAUUACACUAUCAAUCAAGGCAUUGCACUCGCCGAGGCACUUAACGACACGGAGCCGGUUGCGUCUUGGCAGGCAACGGCCGAAAAGAUCAAAUCCGCCGCAAACGAACUUCUCUGGAACGACAGCGCAGGCAUGUAUAUUGACAAUGAGACCACAACGCUCAUGCCACAGGAUGGCAACUCGUGGGCAGUGGUAUCGAACCUCACUCUCAAUUCCUCACAGAUUGAGUCGAUUAGCACAAAGCUAGCCGAUCGUUGGACGCCGUACGGAGCACCUGCACCUGAGGCAGCUGAUGCUAUUUCACCCUUCAUUUCUGGUUUUGAGCUGCAAACGCAUUUUCUUGCGGAAAAUGUAACCGCUGCUCUCGGCCUGAUGAGGCUGCAGUGGGGAUUUAUGUUGGAUGACCCAAGAAUGACAAAUUCGACAUUUAUUGAAGGGUACUCUACGACUGGAGAACUUCAUUAUGCACCAUACUUGAACGACGCGCGCAUAUCGCAUGCCCAUGGAUGGGCGACAGGACCGACGUCUUCGCUCACCUUUUACGUUGCCGGAAUACAACUGCUGAGCGCUGGAGGAAAGGCGUGGCGCAUUGCUCCUUCCCUUGGCAAUCUCACUGUUGCAGACGCUGGUUUCAGCACUGGCAUUGGCUUCUUUUCUGCUAAGACUCAAAUGGCCAGCAACGGCGGCUUCCAGAUCGACUUCGAGACCCCUGAAGGUACAAGUGGUGAAGUGAAGAUUCCACGAGCGUCUUGUGCAGGAAACAUUGUUUUGGAGGAAUGCAAUGGUAACCACGGAACCCUAGAGAUCGAAGUCACGCACGCGAAUGCUGGACCGAUAUCUGUAGCGGAUGUUCCUGGGGGCAAAUGGAAGGUCACCUUCGAUUGUGUCUAG